AUGUGCUCGCUGCCCCACGGCUUCGAGCCCCCAGCUCCGGAGGACUUGGGGUGGCAGAGUUCGGCGGAGCUGCGAGAGAGGUUGAGGCGCCAGGAGAGACUUUUGCACAAUGAAAAAUUCAUUUGCAAAUUGCCCGUCAAAGGUAAAAAGAUCUCAGACACCACUGCCAAACUGAAAGCUGCCAUUUCAGAACAUGAAGAGUUUAGAGGGAGAAAUGAACUGUUUCAUCCUGUUAGUGUAGACUGUAAGCUAAGGCAAAAAGCAACCACAAGAGUUGAUACUGACGUCGACAAGGCCCAGAAUUCUGACCUGAUGCUUGAUACUUCUUCAUUAGUUUCUGAAUGUUCCCCAAUAGACAUUAAAUCAUCUAAAAGAACCUCAGAAACACAGGAACCUAUACAUCUCACUCACGAAGGCAAUGAAGAGACUUUGGAGGCUGGCAGCACAGUGAACCCCAGCCCAGCUGCUCACACCCGAGCCGGGACACCCUCAUCUGAAGUUAACGAACAUCUUCCCCAGCACCCUGUUUCAAGUCAAGUGGAAGAGAUUUCCAGCAGCAUAGACAGUCUGUUUAUCCCUAAAUUGCAAAAGGUUACAAUUGCAGAGCAGAGUGAACUCUCAGAAGAAAACACCAGCACUGAGAACUUUCCAGAACUGCUGACUGAGACUCCUAAGAAGCCUCAUUACAUGAAAGUGCUAGAAAUGCGAGCCAGAAACCCAGUGCCCCCUCCUCAUGAGUUUAAGACCAAUGUGUUACCUACACAGCAGUGUGACUCACCAAGUCAUUGUCAGAGAGGCCAGUCUUCUGUUUCCUCAGAAGAGCGGCAGCGCAGGGAUAGGCAGCAUCUUGAUGAUAUCACAGUAGCGCGCCUCCUUCCGCUCCACCACUUGCCUGCACAGAUGCUCUCCAUAGAAGAGUCACUGGCCCUGCAGAAAGAGCAGAAGCAGAAUUAUGAGGAGAUGCAGGCAAAGCUUGCAGCACAGAAGCUAGCUGAGAGACUGAAUAUUAAAAUGCAGAGCUACAAUCCAGAAGGGGAGUCUUCAGGGAGAUACCGAGAAGUGAAGGACGAAGACGAUGCCCGGUCCUCGGAUGAAUUCUGA